AGCCUCCCACAACCACGCGAGAGCCAAGCACAUCUCCGACGUCGUCGAAGGCCCCGCAAAGCGUCACAGAAGUCACUCCACCGCCCUCCACAAGCUCGAGGACACAGCGUGCCACGACCUCUGAAAAGCCCAGCACGUCUCAGACGUCCAAGGCCGCACGAGGCAUUCCAGAAGUUGCUCCAUCGCCCUCCACAAGCUCGAGGACAGAAUCUACCACAACCUCGCCAGAGACGAGCACGGUUCGAACGUCGAAGGCCGCGCAAAGCGUCACAGAAGUGGCUCCAUCUCCCUCCACAAGCUUGAGGACAGAAUCUCCCACGACUUCGCGCGAGCCCAGCACGUCGCAGACGUCGCAGGCUGCACGAGACGUUCCAGAAGCUGCUUCAUCACCUUCCACACGCUCGACGACCGAAUCUGCGACCACCUCACGAGAGCCCAGCACGUCUCAGACGUCGCAGGUUGGCAGCGAGCCGCCGGCAACGGGCACUUCCUCUACCAGCACCCUUGUCAACGAUGCCAAUCAGAGUUCGGAUGAUAGCUCUUCGGGUGCCAGCCAAGGAUUCCAGGAUGCCAUCGCCCUGGACUUUGCCAGCCCCCCAAGGUCACUUCGCUGGGCCCUGGCGGUGGCUGUGGCUGUCGGCCUUUGCUGGUGA